UUUUUUGCUUUAACAAUAGUCAGGGUUUGUUCAAAAUAUUCCUCUCUUCGCGUUUUUAUUUUCAAUUUUUAUUUAAUUUUUAAUUUCAAUUUUCCAUUUUCUUAUAAGAUUGUUAAGUCGAACCUCCAUAUUUUUAUUACACUUUAAUGUAAUGAACCUUUUAUGAAUGAAAUAACCAAUCUCGUUACCGGUCUCCGACUAAGAUUUCCCCCUAAAAUGACUUUCAAUUUAUCAAAUCAUCCAUAUAACGAUUUUUUUGGUCCUUUCUAGUUGGUUAUAUCGAGAUUCGUCUGUAAAUAAAAAUAAUGUGUGACCAUGAAUUUGAUGUUAUUGUAAUCGACAAUGGUUCUGGAGUUUGUAAAGCUGGUUUUGCUGGUCAUAAGGAGCCUUGUAUUAUCUUUCCCUCAAUUGUGGGACGUCCACAUCACCCAGGCUUUUGGCAUUCGUUUCGAUUGGAAGACAAUUAUGUCGGCAACGAUGCCCAAGCUAUACGAGGAAUUUUAUCUGUCACAAAUCCCAUAGAGCGUGGAAUUGUUACAAAUUGGGAGGAUAUGGAGAGAAUCUGGCAUCAUGUCUUCUACAAUGAAUUACGUGUCAAGCCUGAAGAAUAUCUUUUAUUGUUGACUGAGGCUCCACAUACCCCAAAGGCCGAUCGGGAAAAGAUGGCUGAAAUUAUUUUUGAGACAUUCAAAACACCAGCAAUGUAUAUUGCAAUUCAAGAGGUACUUUCCCUAUUUGCGUCAGGUCGUUAUACUGGCAUUGUUAUUAACUCAGGGCAUGGUGUCACCCACGCUGUUCCAGUUUACGAAGGUUAUGCUUUUCCUCAUGCUAUUCUUCGUCUCGACGUUGCUGGCAAUGAUUUGACUGAUUAUUUAAUGAAAAUGCUCAAUGAGCGUGGUUAUUCUCUUAGUACAAGUUCUGAUCGAAAAACUGUUGAGGAAAUGAAAGAGAAACUUUGUUAUGUGGCAUUGGACUUUGAAAAGGAAAUGACAAAGGCAGCUUCGUCUUUGGAGAAAAAAUAUAAAUCGCAUUACAACGAAUUAUUAACUAUUGGAAAUGAGAGUUUCCGAUGUCCAGAGGCGCUCUUUCAGCCUUCUUUCCUUGGAAUGAAAAUGGAGGGCAUUCAUCAGACUUGCUUCAAUUCGAUUAUGAAAUGUGACACUGACGUCCAUAAAGAAUUAUUUGCAAAUAUUGUUCUCUCUGGCGGCUCAACAAUGUAUCCUGGGAUUUCUGAUCGUAUGCAAAAGGAAAUCACUGCCCUCGCGCCAUCAGAAACAAAAAUUAAAAUUAUAGCUCCACCAGAACGUAAAUAUUCUGCCUGGAUUGGGGGUUCCAUUGUUGCAUCACUUUCUACAUUUCCAAAAAUAUGUAUGGGCAAGCAAGAAUAUGACGAGUUUGGUCCGUCGUUUGUACAUCGAAGGUGUUUUUAA